ACAAGAUGCUUUAUAUCUUCCUUGAGCUUGUAACAAAAGGUUCACUUGCAAAUCUCUAUCAAAAGUAUAAUUUGAGGGAUUCUCAGGUCUCUGCAUACACAAGGCAGAUCCUUAGUGGUUUAAAGUAUCUACACGAGCAAAAUGUGGUUCACAGGGAUAUAAAAUGUGCCAAUAUAUUGGUGGAUGCAAGUGGAUCUGUAAAACUUGCAGAUUUCGGACUGGCAAAGGCAACUAAAAUGAAUGACGUUAAAUCCUGCAAAGGGACUCCAUUCUGGAUGGCCCCUGAGGUUGUGAACUUAAAGAACCGUGGGUAUGGACUAGCAGCUGAUAUAUGGAGCCUCGGAUGCACGGUGCUGGAGAUGUUAACCCGUCAACCUCCAUACUCCAACUUGGAAGGCAUGCAAGCGUUAUUUAGGAUAGGCAGGGGCGUACCCCCUGAAGUACCUAUCUCACUAUCCAAAGAUGCCCGAGAUUUUAUCCUAAAAUGCUUACAAGUUAACCCAAAUGAGCGCCCUACUGCUGCACAAUUAUUGGACCAUCCAUUUUUGAAGAGGCCACUGCAAACUUCCCGGGGUCCUGCUUCUCCUCAUUAUAACAGCAGGCAGUCUUGAAAGCUUUCGAUCAACCUUUGGUGUACACAAGGAGUUGCAUCCUUUGUGCAUAGGUGUGACAAGGCCUGUUGCCAGUACUUUGAAAGCUCUUGAGAGUAUUUUAUGCUGCACAGGUGACAGAAGCGAAGCAUGUUUUAGCUGUUACAUCUACCUGUUGGCAAAUUUUUGGUAUUACAGAUUCAAAUGGUGCACUCUGGGAGAAGCUUUACUAGGCAUAGUUUCUGUCACACGACAGCAGAGCAUGAACUUGCUGUUGUGUCGAACCAAUGGGCAAUCAAGAUAGUGUGUGCACGAUUUCCGUGGAUUACCAAUUUCUCUCAGAUGAUUGAUGCGUAAAUUGGUUGCUCUCGUGUAGCUAAAACUUAGGUGUGUUUUCUGUUAUGAUUUCUUCUCAUUUUUCUCAUUGGGAUUAAAGUGUUGGAAGGGUCAAUUUUGUACCAGAGUAAUUGUAAAUUUCAGAUUGGUGUAAAUAACUUAGUUUGGAACAUUAUCAUUAUCAAUGAAAUGAAAUAUUGAAAUGUA